CCCCCCCGCUCACUCAGUCCGCUUUGCCACUUCGAUGCGAGCGUUUGUGUGAUACUGCAAUAUUUGCACCGCCGAGUGCCCGACCUCUGGAACCGACCAUUUAUGACAAUCGACAACCCCGCCCCGUGCAUUUUCCGAGUUGCAUUUCGACCUGUGCAAGCAGUGCUAAGCCUGUGAGCUAUCCGUCGUCGGUUCGGUCGCUCCUCCCGCGCUUAUUUAUGUUGUCGUUUUGGUGUGGUGUAUAUUUGUGCCGUACGAACGAUAACCGGAUUAUCUGUGCGCUGGAGUCGGAGGAUAUUUUUAAUCGACGGCUUUUCUACGAAGACUGAGGGUUGUGGUGGGCGCUCGUGGGCGGCACGAAUGGUGCGCACGCGGGCGAUGCUGUAGCUGCCAUGGUGGGCGUGGGCGUGGCGGAGGGAGGAGGGGGAGGAGCGGGCGGCGGGCCGCCGGAGGGCUACUACGGCGACUACUACCCGCCCGAGUACUACGUACCACCGGAGAUGUGCCCGCACCCGCAGCAUCCGCAGCACGCGCAUAUGUGCGCCGUGCAUACUGAAUACGGCGGCAUGCCAGUGGUAACAUCGGCGACCAUGAUGCCGGCUAUGAUGCCGCCGGUGCUAGACGAGGGGUUGCGGCAUUAUCUUUUGCACCCGCAUGCGCAGCACGCGCACCACCCGCACCACCAGCCGCCGCACCACCAGCCGCCUCAUCACCAGCCGCCUCACCAUCAGCCACCACAUCAUUAUGGUCCUACGAAUGGUGCGGGAGGGCCUCAGCAUUUCUACGGUGCAGGCUACCCGACGCACUACCACCAUGUGCCGGCGCAUCACAUGCAGCACUCGCCGCCACCGCCUGUAUACCAGAAGGAUGAGCGUGCACAGCGACAGUAUUCCAAACUCAAGCAGAAGCUGGAGCGGAAACAGACCAACAGGAAUAAUGGUGUUGAAAUGAACUCCGGUGCCAGUACACCAUCUCUGUCGCCGCGUAAAGAGCUGAACGGCCGCGGUGGUGGCAGUGGUGGCGGCAGUGGCAGCGGGGGCGCCUCCUCCGGCGCCUGGUCCGAGGGGGAGGGCUCCUCGGCUGGCGCCUCCGUGCAAGGGGACGAUGACAACGAUACCCAAGCAUUUCUUGACCUCCUGUCUGCUACACGGACUCCACAGGUUAGCGACAUAACGCCUACGAGUGCUUUAGUGCAAUGGAACUCGCCGUUGCCUGAAGGGGUCUCCUUGCCUAACGUGGAAUUGACCUACGAACUUCUUCUGGGCGACAGAGGUCGAUACAAAGCCAUCUACAGUGGACCAUCGUUGUCAUGCCGUGUGCGAGACUUGAGGCCCGGCUGCGAAUACUCCGUGUGCCUGCAGAUCCGCGCGGGCGAGCAGACGGGCGCCGCCAGCGAGGCGGCCACCUUCCGCGCUCCGGCCGCCCCACCCGGCCGCAUGCUGCCCGCGCGCCUCGCCAACCGCGCCCGCACCUCGCUCCUGCUGCGCUGGUCGCCCCCCGCCGACAACGGCGCGCGCAUCCUGCACUACGUCCUCGAGAUGGACGCCGGCGAGGGCUUCGCGGAGGUGACGCAUCCCCGCACGCGCCAGCACACAGUCAACAACCUGCGCACGCAGACGUGCUACCGAUUCCGGAUCGCCGCGGUCAACGAGUGCGGCCGCGGCGAGUGGAGCGACGAGUUCGUCGGCUGGACCCUGGGCGCCCCGCCGCCCGCGCCCGCGCCCCCCCUCCUGCGUGACGCCGCCGCCGACAGCCUCGCACUCGCCUGGGAGCGCCAGGCCGACGAGGAGUUCACCUUGCAGAUGGACGAAGUUGCCCGCGGACACGGCUUCCUUCCCAUCUACACCGGGACAGAGUGCUCCUACGUUUGCACCGCACUUCGUCGCGCCUCGGAUUAUCGAUUCAGAUUAAGAUGCGAAAACGCCGACGGUCAGGGCCCGUGGUCGCAGGAGGUCACGUAUCGGACCCUACCCGAGAGGCCCGGAGCUCCCGGUCGCCCGACGCCGAAAGGUAAAAUACAUUCGCGAGCAUUCCGACUCAGGUGGGAGCCGCCGACCGACGACGGAGGGGCGGCCGUCGAAAAUUACACUUUGGAAAUCGACGGAGGAGAAGGAUAUCAGUCGGCGUAUAACGGAGCCGAGAGGGAGGCGCACUGCGAUCGCCUGCAGCCGGGCAUCCAGUACAGAGCGCGCGUGCGCUGCGCCAACGUGGCCGGUGAGAGCGACUGGUCCGCCGCCGAGACUAUCACGACGGAAGCCACCUGUCCGGGAGCUUGCUCCGCGCCCGAAGUGGUGGCCGAGCCGCGCGCCACGCUCGUGUCGGUGCGGUGGCGACCGCCCGACUGCAACGGAGGCGCCCCGCUUACGGAAUACAGGGCGGAGAUCGUCGGCGAGGACGGCAUCGUACGCACCGUGCAUUCGGCGCUCGAGAGCGAAUGUACCGUCCGGGAGCUCCAACCCGGCUGUGAGUACCGCCUUUGGGUGGUCGCCUGCAACAAAGUGGGCGCGGGCCUGCCGUCGCCCGCUCUGCAUUUCUCGACGGCGCCCGCUCCGCCAGAUGCGCCCGAGACGCCCGUCGCCUACAUCGAAAAUGCGCGAACGAUCCGCCUCGAGUGGCGCGCGUCCAGAGACAACGGCGCGCCCAUCGCCGAUUACCGACUCGAAAUGAGCCUCACCAACAUGGACGACUCCUUCACUGAAGUGUAUCGAGGACCCGAGACGGCGUGCAUAGUGUCUAAGUUGGUACCGUUCUCGCCCUAUUUCUUCAGAGUUUGCGCUACUAACUCGGCCGGGCGUGGCGCCUGGUCCGGCGUCCGGGACCUUUUAACGCCUCGAGCUCCGCCGGGGGCGCCGACGGGGAUAAAACACGAGGCGACGGCGGAAAGCCUCCGCCUCCACUGGCGCUGCCCCGCAAGCCACGGCGCCGAAAUCUUAGGUUACCGGGUGCAAGUCGACGAGUCCGAUUUCGAAACCGACGGACCGACGCCGGAGAAAGUCGUCGAGGGUCUGCGGCCCGACACCACGUACCGCGUGCGCGUCGCAGCCCUCAACGAGCUCGGCCUCGGCGACUGGUCGGAGGAGGCGCAGGCGGCGACGCGGCCGCGGCCGCCCGCCCCCCCGGACCUACGCUGCGCCCAGCUCGUCCACAAUUACAUCAAGCUGGAAUGGGACAGCCGUGGGGAGGGCGCGUUGUACUGCGUGGAGAUGCGCGGCAAUGGCGAGUUCCGGCCCGUAUACCGCGGCUCGGCGCGCAGCUGCAAGGUGAAGAAACUCCGCGAGGGCACCACAUACAGCUUCAGAAUCCGCGCAAGCGACGACCGCGGUGGACGCGGCUCGUGGGGCGACGUAGUAACCGCCACCACGCCGCCGGCACCACCGCCCGCGCUUCGCCCCCCCACCGUGCUGGUGCUGGCGCCGCGUCGCGCCGCCGUCGCCUGGGACACGCUAGAAGACGCAGAAUACGUGUUGCAGUGCGCCCGCGCUAAGGACGCCGUCUUCAAACAGGUGUACGCCGGCCGCGAGACGCAGUUCACGGUAGACGAGUUGGAGCCGGGCGCGGAGUACCUGCUGCGCGCGUGCGCGGUGCGCGGCGGGCUGGCGGGCGCGUGGUCUCCGGUGGCGCGCGUGCUGGUGCCAGUGCCGGCCGCCGCGCCGCGCCCUCGUCGCGCCAAGCCCGCGCGCGCUCUCUCCCCGCGCCGCAUGGCGCUGCUCAUGGCGGCCGGCUUCCUGCUGUUGGCCGUGCUGGUGGCCAUGGUGGUCCAGCGCCUCGUGGAUCCGCAGCCGUGACGGGCAUUAGCAACGGCACGACCUCGGGCCCUCGCCACCAUAUGACGGUUCCGUCGCGCGGUUCCUACCGCGCGACACAUUAACACUCUAUCGAGCUCCAAAGUAGGAUAGCGUUGUGCGGUCGCCGACGGCAAGCGAUGCUGCUGACUUUCUCUUUUGAACUUACACGAUUCGUACUUGAAUUUUUGUAACAUAUUUUUACGCGCAUGAAAUAGUGUAGUAAGUCAGUUAUACAUAAGCGUAAAAUGCAAGCAGGUUUGGUUAAAGAGACAUCGCAUGCCAGUCGGCGGCCGCGACGGCGAGUGACGGCCUUCACGAGAUGAUGAUGAUGAGAUGAAUGUUUUUUCAUAUUACGAAUUUUGUCUAUUUACGUUUCUGCGCUCUAGGUAUUUGCGUAAGGAGCGUGUUACACAUUUAUAUUUUAAUAGUUAAAUCUAGAUAUUGACAAUGUAUCCUCAAUUGUGUAUUUCUAUAUGUAUGUAUGGAUGGGAACAGAAUUUUUAUUGCUAUUAAUUCAUUUCUUCAAUGUUGACAGCUAAUCAUUUUAUUUUGUACAAAUAUUAUUCUUCCUUUUUUGCACCAUAUUGAAAAGUACCUUAAAUGUUAUUUAUAUUGUAUAUAAUAAGUAGUCAAUUGCAUCAGAGAUGAGAUAUUGGCACGAAGUAAUGCUGUCUUGCUUAUUUCAUGUAAAUUAUUUUUUCGAAAAAUGUAUGUAUUUGACGUACAAUGUGGCGGCACUCGGCGCUCACAACUCUAAAGCCAUUGCGUAAACUUAUGUCACAUUUCCCGUUUGUCCCGCUGUAUUUACUCUAUGUAUCUAGUCUAUUCUGUGAACUGAUCGUUUCCUUUAGCAUUAUGUUAUAUCCGAUGGGAAUUGUGACGUGCUUUGUAUCCGACUAUAUGUAUUUUAUAUUUUUAAUAAUACGUGUACCUCCAUCGAAAACCUUGGCUCCGUAUGUCUCUCAUACAUUUGAUAUUUUUAUAAUGAAAUUUUCAAUUAGUCUGUUGCAUGUUUUUUAUCAGGUUUAUUAAGUGUAGCGAGUUAGCGACCAUGUGGUGCUCUAUUAUUAGUCUUUUGUUAGAGGGUCGUGGCCCCUCGCUCCGCAACGAGUUUCCAGUGUGUGUGCUGUGAUCACUUCCUUAUGCGAAUGAGACUGAUUUUACAAAAAUAUAUGCUUUCUGUUUUUAUUUUCCGUUUUUAAUGCUUUACACCGUGUCGAAGUCGCCGGUCGUAGUGACGCAGCCGCCGGGCACGCCCCGUGUCUAAUGCUAUUCUAUACAAAUCAUUUUAUAUUCCGAUUAAUCAUUUUUAAUGACGUAACGAAUCAGCGUAUGAUCGAUUUUAGCUGUUCUUUUAAUCAAUAGGACAUGACCUUUUUAUUAAUGAAAUUAUGUAAUGUAGUGUAAUUUGUUUAUUAAAUGUAGAGAUUAUGAAUUUAAUGAGAUUGUUACCACCCGGCAUAGAGUGCAGCCGCCGAGCCGGCAGCGCCGCCCGCGCCGCCCGCGAUGCCCGCCGCUCGGACGCGCUCACAUCCCACUCUCGUAAUUGUUAUUUUAUAGAUUUAUAUAAUAAUUGUUAAAUGAGUUCGAUUUAAAUAUAAUUUUAAAUUAAAUAAUUUGAAAGUAGAUAAGUGAAAUGUCAUGUAUUCAUUUGCUUGGAGGGCGUUUAGCACGUAAUUGCAUAUGGGAUAUAUAAUUUAGAUUUCGAUGUUCUUAAUAUUUUAAAGAGUUUUAUGAAGAUGUGUCAGUGUCAACAAUGAUAGUAUAUGGUAUAUAACGAUAUUGUUACUACACAUAGGCCUUAUCGCAUUCGAUGUCCGCCGGCGCCGUCGCGCGCGCGGCCGCGUCCAGGACGCGCGUCGCAGCGCACCACUUCUAGGCUUAAUUACUUCGUAAAUAUAUAAUAUUUACUUCUGUGAUCCGCUUGUCCUAUUUUCUAUUUUUAUGUUUAUUACUGUUAUUAGAGACAUUCCUACGUUCUUGCUUAUCGAUGAUAUAUUUGAUGUAAAGUGUUGCAACGUUUCGUAGAGAGAUUCACUUCGUCCCUGACAUCGCAGCUGACGGCGGUUGGCGGGGCCGUCGCAUAAAUUGUUUUUUUUUUAAAUUAACGAUGUGCAAUGAACGAUUUAUUUAUUUAUACGGCUUAUUGUAUGUAAUAUUUAUUAUUUAGAAUUUGUAUCGAUGUUGGAUGUCGUGUUGUAACAGUAAAGGACUCUAUGUUCCUAAGUUUAUCGUGUUGUACAAUGUCGUAAAGGCAAGCUGUGUCGCGCUGCAGUCAAGCAUUCCAACUUUAUUCCACUGUAAAUAGGCCUAACAUAAACUCUACGACUUAAUGUGCGUUCGUGUCGCUUUUGUAUGGAUCGGAGAGAGAUGUACAUAGAUGGAAGAGGGAGAUAGGCGAGGAGAAGAGAGGAGAGGAGAGGUGGACGAGCAGAGCUUUGUGUCCGGUCGCCGCGCCCGCACUUCGUGUCUAACAUUAAUCAGAUAUAGUUAACGGGGAUAACAUCUCAUAUUGUAUUUGUGUUUGAAUUAGUAACGUAUAACGAAAUGUAUAUGUUUAUAAUAUAAUAUUUGAUGAUGUUAUGUAUACAAUUUAUUAAACAUGAAUAUAUCAAUAAAAC